UUUAAGUUCUUGAGCGCCAUAUUGUCUUUACAUCAUAAACAUGGAUGUGAGUUUUCAGAAUGUAAUCCAUUUUACUUCCAAACAUGAUGCAUUAAUUAAUCUUAAAGAUUUAAGAGGAUCUCUAGAAAUGACUUAAACACCCCGGGUUGUAUGCCACAAGCAUGUCAAGUCUCAUCAGAGGCUUUAAUGUGAAGGUGUGUUUUCAGCACUCAUAAAUAAGCUUAUCAAAAGUUUAAGUAGGCUAAUCUUUGCUCUCUCUCCCCCUCUUCUGUCUCUCACUGUCUAAGAAUCAGCCCAGGCUCCUCCUCCUUAUGAUAAUUUGACAGUAGCAUCUCCACCGAGUCAAGCCUCCGCUCAUUCUGAUUCAAUAAUGUGAACUCCUUUCCACACACGGACCGUGUCUCCUCUCCUCUCUUCUCUUUUUAUUCCCCUCUCUUCCCAGAGACGCCCAAUGCACACUACACGCUCCCAAACUUACUUUCCAUAAUAGUUGACUUGAACUUUUGCUUUUUUUUUUUAACUUGCACUCUUUUUCGCCGACAAUGACUACCAUGGCAACUCCUGCCACUCCGACUCUGCUUCCCGCUGCUCCACUCGGUCACCACCCGGUACCCAGCUCCGUCUCCCCGGCCACCAACUCUCCGCCACCCGCCGCCACCUCCGCCGCGUCCUCCCCGGCUCCACCGGUGCCGCACCCGGCGCUGCUUCACCAGUUCCGGGCGGACCUCCUGCUGCCCAACGGAACCCCGCUGAAGGGCGGCGGAACCCCGCUGUCCGCCGGGGCCAAGCCCGUGUACGCCACCGCGUCGCCCGUGGAGAGCACGCCGCAGAACAACGAGUGCAAGCUGGUGGAGGUGAAAGGUGCCAAGCUGGCCUCGUUCACGGUCAAAGGCACGGAGCUCAUCUGUCUGCCGCAGGCUUUCGACGUGUUCCUCAAGCACCUGGUCGGCGGGCUCCACACCGUCUACACCAAGCUGAAGCGGCUGGACAUUAGUCCGGUGGUGUGCAACGUGGAGCAGGUCCGGGUGCUGCGGGGGCUGGGAGCCAUCCAGCCCGGGGUGAACCGGUGCAAACUCAUCUCCAGGCAGGACUUCGAGACGCUCUUCAACGACUGCACCAAUGCAAGCUCGAGGCCCGGACGACCGCCCAAGAGGCUGCAGAGUGCGACAGAGGGCGGGACACACCACAUGCUGUCUCACGGCGGUCUGAUUCACGCUGGGAUCAUGCCUCCUGCAGAUCUUUCUGCGCUGGCCAAAAAGAUCAAGCUGGAGGCGAUGGCGGGUUACCAUAGUAGUCAGCAACAUAGUGGGCCAAACGGAGAGAACGGUGACCACAACCCUGGUCUGGUUUUGGACCAGUUGCCCUUCAUGAUGAUGUCACAUCCUCUGAUUCCUGGCAGCCUGGCGCCAGCCUCUGUUUCCAUGGCAAUGGGCCAGAUGAACCGACUGAGCACGCUGGCCAGCAUGGCCAACGUGGCGCAACUCCACGCCAACCCACCUGCCAGGGCUCCCACCUCUGUCAUUAAGGAGCGAGUACAGGACACUCCUUCCCCUUCUCCUUCUCUGGAAGAAGCUCAGAUGUCAUCCAAUCACAGCAGCAGCGUGUCCAGUUCACCGCUACAUAACGAGCGCACCGCAGAAACAACACAUCAACUUCAUGACGGCCUGUCGUCGGGUCACAGCGUUCUGGGUCACUCUCCUGGCAUGGUGCAGGGCGCCAGAGAGACAGAUGGGACGCCAAUGGAUUACAACAAGGAGAACAAGAGAAAUCACACCGACAGGGACAACAGCUCCUCGGCUGCGCAGACGACCAGGGAGAGCGGUGACAGACAAGUCUUCCAGAAAGCCCUGUUGGCCAGGGAGGGCUGCGAGAGGCUUUCUUACCCCGCAGGACAGAAGCUCCCAGCAGGUCUCCACCACACUCCCUUCAUCUUCCCGGAAGGCCUGUCCUCCAUAGAGACCCUGCUCACGAACAUCCAGCAGGGUCUGCUGAGGGUUGCCAUAGAGAACGCCCGAGCGCAGGAGAAGCAGGACCAGCUGGAGAGGACGGAGCUGAAAAUGGAGCUUGUCCGAGAGAGGGAGCUGAGGGAGACCUUGGAGAGACAGCUGAGCAUGGAGCAGAAGAACAGAGUUCUGAUUCAGAAGCGUCUAAAGAAAGAAAAGCGCAGCAAGCGGAAAUUACAGGAGGCCUUGGAAGAGGAGGUCAAGCUGCGUGAUCAGGCAGAGCACACACUGCUGCACACUGCCAACACACACAUAGGCCAUCAAUCACUGGCGGCGCCUGCUCACGCAGAAUCUGUGACCCAGGACGCCGACGGGAGCGGCCACGACGACAGCAGGCUGGACAGCAAGGCGACACAAGAGGCCAGAGUUUUCAUGCAAACCACAGGGAGGUACUGAGGUUCAGGAACGAACAGAUGGACGAAUGGAUGGACGGAUGUAUGGAGGAAACGGUGACGAAGAUUCCUCAUUUUUUGACACAUACAAUCAACAGGCAUGCUCAGUCCGGCAGUGGCAUCCGGGACACAAAUCUCUGCUUCCCCUACAUCUCGAGGGUGACGUCUGUGUGGUUUAAUUUAUUGCCUCUAUCAUCAAUUCCCAACCGUGGUGGGCAGAGCAUUUUAUUCUGAUGUUGUGUUAAAGUGUGUUUCUUUUAAUCCAAGUUUUUAAAUCGUAGAUUAAAAUGACCAUAGUUUUUUUUUCUGUCAGUGCUGUUUGUUUAAAGCAAGUGAUGAACAUAACUUGUAACAGAGGUGUGUACAUAUAUAUAGUCAUCAUUUUUAUUAUUGUUAUUAUUAUUAUUAUUAUUAAUAUGAAAAACAAGGCAUGUUGUACAGUCAGUAAAUGACUCGUAUUGUGUAUGUUAUGCAGUAGUGCAGUUUGACAAUACAAACAAUACAGAUUCUUUUUAUCAUACUGUGUCAUUGCUUGCUUUCAGAUCGAGUUGUUGCUUUGAUGACUCUUUAAAACCAAAAUGACGGUGUGUGGAUUUGCAAGAGGAACACAGGAUGUUGAACUUUCUCCUGUCUUGUCCUUGUUUUGGAGAAGUGUGGCGGGUCUGGCCGCAUUGCGGUGUGAGCUAACGUUGGCUCUACCGAGGGGAAAAAAGUGGGACGUUCCUCCUGUUGUGUGAUAAUUCGUUUUAUUGAUUAAAAAGCCUGACAGAACCUUUCCAAUUCAAGUGGCAAAGUGCACAACUCACAGCACUUUCAAAGAGACAAAGAUGACAGAUAGAGCUAGGGGG